AGGAGUGUGAGAGUCAGCCAUGGAGAGGUGGAGAACCGACUGUUUUCUUUGUUAUUUUUAAACUCCGAGAUCCGCAUCGAUGACACGAUUCACAUCUAGCCGCGUUCAACGCUAUUCCCGAUGCGCUCGAAAACGGAAAGUAGGUUCUCACAGGAGGCAUUCUUUCGCUGUGGCAUUAAUAGAAGUCUGGAUAUAAACUUUCUGCCUUGUGGGCUGUACUGGGACUGGGUGCAUGGACACUGUGAGUAUGAGUGUAAAAGAGAAGGGAUGCUAUCUGACAGACCUGGGUGGCAACUUCACUGAGGAUGCCCCCAGACCCCCGGUCCCUGGAGAGGAGGGCGAUCUGGUGUCCAGUGAUGGACGGCAGUACGGCCACAGUUUUUACUCCUCAAAGUGCGAGAGCCUCAAGAACGAGGCCUCCAUAGCGACGCCCAGAAGACCUGACCUGGAUCUGGGCUAUGAGCCCGAGGGUAGUGCUUCCCCAACGCCACCCUACCUGAAGUGGGCGGAGUCCUUACAUUCUCUUCUGGAUGACCAAGAUGGCAUCCACUUGUUCAGAACUUUCCUCAAACAGGAGGACUGCGCUGAUAUGCUGGACUUCUGGUUUGCCUGCAGCGGCUUCCGGAAGCAGGAGACUAACGAAGGCAAUGAGAAGAUGCUGAAACUAGCAAAAGCCAUUUACAAAAAGUAUAUCUUGGAUAACAAUGGAAUUGUCUCGAGACAGAUCAAACCAGCCACAAAAAGCUUCAUCAAGGACUGUGUGAUGAAGCUUCAUAUUGACCCUGCCAUGUUUGACCAAGCUCAAACUGAGAUUCAGACUAUGAUGGAGGAGAACACCUACCCUUUGUUUUUGAAAUCCGACAUCUAUUUGGAAUACACCAGGACAGGUGGGGAGAGUCCCAAGCUGUUCAAUGACCAGAGCUCAAUGUCAGGGAAUGGCAAGGUCUUGCCAGGGUACUUACCGACUCUGAAUGAAGACGAGGAGUGGCGGUGUGACCAGGAACAGGAGCAGCAUAUUGAAAGUGACCCCACCCCAAGCAACAGGCUGACUCAGAAGCUGCUCUUGGAAACUGUGCCUCAGCGGGUGUCCAGCAGUAAAAGAUAUCAGGACAACCUGGAGUACAGACCUACACCAUGGAGGGAGCCCAUCAAUCCAUACUACGUGAACACCGGCUAUGCGAUGGCUCCCGCCACCAGCGCCAACGAUAGCGAGCAACAGAGCAUGUCCAGUGAUGCUGACACUCUCUCCCUAACCGACAGCAGUGUAGAUGGUGUACCACCUUAUAGAUAUCGAAAACCACAUCGACGUGAGAUCAACGAAAGUGCCAAAGUUAAUGGCCGAGUGCCACUACCUCAUAUUCCUCGCACAAACCGGAUACCAAAGGAUAUUCACGUUGAGCCUGAGAAGUUUGCAGCGGAGCUGAUCAGCAGGCUUGAGGGGGUGCUGAGGGAACGCGAGGCACAAGAAAAACUGGAGGAGAGGCUCAAGAGGGUUAGAUUGGAAGAGGAAGGCGAUGAUGCAGACAUCUCCACUGCCCCCUCUCUGGCUAGCCACCGGAUGCCUCCUGCUGUCCAGGUGCAGCAUUAUGGUGGUCGAUACUCGGAAAUGAGCUACAAUGGGCUGCAGCUGCGGGACGCGCACGAGGAGAACCCCGAGAGCAUCCUGGAUGAGCAUGUACAGCGUGUCAUGAAAACCCCCGGCUGCCAAUCUCCGGGCACAGGUCGCCACUCUCCGAAGUCACGCUCACCAGAUGGGCUACCCGCGGGCAAGAUGUCAGGGCUGAUGAUGCCACUGUCUGGUGCACAAGGUAAGCACCAAGUUCGUUUAGGUCCAAAGGGUGAGGCAGCACACCUGCACAAUCACAAACACCUUCACCAUACACACUAUGCCGCUGGGGGAAAGCCCAAAGAGCAAAUGGAGGCGGAAGCCAUGAGGAUGCAUGCCGGCUUUGCAUGGAACAUGGAGCAACACCACUAUGGAUCCAAGUUACGCAACUACGCAGACGGAAUGAGCAUUGGUCCCAGUGCCAUGGACCCCAUGGGUUAUGGCAGUAAAGGUAGCACGCUGUCAAAGCGACCUGUCAGAAAAGAUGAUGCACGAAACCAUGAGCUACGAGAGCCCUUGCCUGUUGAUGACAUGGAGAGGAACCAGAAGAUUUUGCAGUGGAUGAUGGAGGGAGAGAAGGAGACUGGACGCUCCAAGAGGAGUCCUUAUGGGAGUAUCUCAGGAUCCAAGAAAGCCCAGGGUCAUGAGGUGUCGAGGCCCAGCUCGGUGGAAAGGCCAGGGGCAGUGCACCCUUGGGUUACCGCCCAGCUCCGCAACAAUGUACAGCCCUCCCAUCCCUUCAUCCAGGAUCCAACCAUGCCUCCCAACCCUGCCCCCAACCCCCUCACACAACUGGAGGAGGCGCGAAGGCGGCUUGAAGAGGAAAGGAAGAAGUCUGGAACUUUGCCAGCCAAGCAGAGGCACAAAAAUAUGAAGAAGCAGCCCUGUGAGAACAUCACUGUGGCCUAUUACUUCUGCGGAGAGCCCAUCCCGUACAGGACGUCCGUCAAAGGGAGGAUUGUCACGCUGGGACAGUUCAAGGAGCUGCUAACCAAGAAAGGGAGCUACAGGUAUUAUUUCAAGAAAGUGAGCGAUGAGUUUGACUGCGGUGUGGUGUUCGAGGAGGUACGUGAGGAUGAUGCAGUCCUGCCCAUCUUCGAGGAGAAGAUCAUCGGAAAAGUUGAGAAGAUUGACUGAGACUGUCGGGAGGGAUAAAGGAAGGAGAGAAGGGAGGGGGGAAAGGAGGUGCACUGGGAGACGUGUGCUGCAGAGGAGCUGCAGGAUGUGGAGUAUAGGAAGGAGCGAUGUGCAGGUGCUGACAUUGGUACAGUGUAUGUGGCUGUGCAGGAGAGAGAGAUGCAGAAAAGAGAGGGCUGGGCAAGGUCGCUGCGGCAAGUACACUAUUUACUCUGAGGCUUCUACCUCUGCACAACGGCUUUUAAAGUCAAACAGCUGCUCAGUGCUGAAGAUCACUGAGUCCACUGAGAGCUCUUGGACUCACCGAAAUAAAGCGUGAGGUGGCAUUCUCUCACUUUUGGUAUAUUUCUAACUCGGAAAUUGUAAUGUAGCAAUGUAAAGUUAGACUAGAAAAAAGUACUAUGAAUAUGUUUACUAAAGCUGCAUAUUUUUAUAUGACGUAUCAGAAGGAACAUAUCCUUUCUAAUUUAACAACUCUUGUAAUUUUAUAUGUACUGGUACCAGAUGUGUACAGACUGUCUGUUUAAAAGCAAAAAGAGAAAGUUUUAUAUAUAUUUAAAUAUUUAAAAAAAGGCAAAAAAAGAGAAAUCGGUUCACCCAUAGCACAGCUGCAACAUUGACCUGACUUAAAAAGGUGUUCAUUUUCACAAGGCUCUGGUUGUGAGAAGCAGAAACCAUAGUGACUCUUUAUAGAGUGCUUUUAACUCAUAAAAACAUUUUAUUGAUCCGUCCACCUUGUAGAGGGGAGUCAGCCAGAGCUGCACUUUUCACAGCAUUAUGCAUUGAUGUCAAAGGAGAUGUCGAAUAGCUUUGAGCUGAGGUCCUAUACAAUGAUGUCUUUACAUUGUGUGUGGACGGAUGAUUGCUCUGUGGCUCUGAGAUCGAUACAAUCCAUUGUCUUGGGUCUCCUCGUUUAGCUGUAGUGCUGUCGCCGAUGUCAUGACAUGCAUAAUAAUCCCUCCCCUCUUCACACACUGCAUGAUAAAAGGGCCCGUGCAGGUGAACAGACGAAGGACAAGCACACAAACAUCUUCAGACAUUUGAGUUGCAGAACAAUGGCUUUGUAGUUUAUAUCCAAAAUCUACUAAGCCCCUUGAGAACAGGGAGGGAAUUUAUUUUCCAAAAAUAGUUUUGCAUUCCCUCACAAAAAGUAUGCCUUCCCUUGCAAUAAUUUGUGUUCCUCUGUGAUAUGUUUUGCAUACCCUCGCAAUUAUUUUUUAUUCCUUUGCAAUACCUUUUAUCCCUCCCUUAUAUUUUUUAAUUAACCAUGGUUUUACUAGAAUGACCAUAUGGUUUUAUCGUAAAACCAUAGUAGCCACAAAUAUGACUACAGAUACCAUAUUUUAAAAGGGGUAGUUCACCCAAAAAUGUAAACUCUCUCAUCAUUUAUUCACCCUCAUGCAAUCCCAGAUGUGUAUGACUUUUCUUUUUCUGCAGAACAGAUAAGAUUUAUUUUUACAAUAAUAUUUCAGCUCUGGUGGUCCGUACA